AUGCGCAGUCGCCCUAUUACGAAGCAAGCCCUCCUCCCACUCGGUCUCGCGCUGACAAAAAAAAAGUCUCGCACCAGAAACGAGCAAAGCAAAAGCCAGUCAGCAGGACCGAUGCUUGAAGGCGUUGUGACACUCUACCACGUUGGAGGGGUGAUACAGCAAAUAUUGUUGUAAACCUACUCUGCAUUGAACGGAUUAGGCUAUUUCCAGGAGAAACGAACUACGCGACACCGCCCAGCCCUGUGCCGGAUAACGGGUUACUUCUCUUCUUUUUUGUUAUCAUUUGACAAGGCGAUAGCUAAAGCUACCAGCCUGGUUUUGUGUUUCACUAACCGGGAAUGGAGGAUGUGGCAUCAUGCUAGCAGCUUUUACCUUUCCUUCAGAUUAAUAUGACCUAUACAUGCAUUGAUUUAGCCUCGGAUGCUUCGGUUUCUUGAAUGAUUGACGUUAUUUCGGUGUAGUCAAGGUUCAAGCCAACAAUCGAAAGUUGCUAGCUUACGCACCACACCGCUGGGUGGCGAGACUGUCAGCUGACGUUAGCGCGCCUCCCAGACCACUAGCCAGUGGCUACUAGGAUUCCCGACUGUCUGUCAACGGGGGGAAUGGCUUUGACCAUUCGAAGAAUGAGCCUCCGUAUGGGAGAUAUUAUUGUGUGAGCCAUCGUAUGUGCUUUAUUGAGUUUUAGUUGUAGCUGUUGAAUAUAACGACAUCUUAAAAACGGCGGGGUUAACCGAGUUCACUAUUCUAAAGAACUGUCAAAGAGCCACUACCUACAGGAUUAUUUUACAAUGCAUCAUCCGGAUUCUGCAGGAGUCUCCAGCAAUGGAAAGAUGGCACAUCAAAGGAUAUAUACUGCAAGUGUUAGCAACAACGGCAGUGACGGUGGCGCAUUGUUGUCAACACCACCAAACACUGUUGUCAAUAACGUCCAAAUUCCGGUCGAUGAAUGUCUGUUGACUCAAUCUUCAUCAGUAUUGUCUUCCCAAGCCUCACAGCAACCUCCUCACAACCUGAGCUUGCACUCCCUCUCAUCCCAGUCAGCAGGCGCUCAGAUGAAAAAGAAGAGUGGCUUCCAGAUUACUAGUGUUACUUCAGCCCAGGUAUCCGUUGGCACUAACAACAGUAUUGCAGAGGACACCGAGAGCUAUGAUGAUCUGGAUGAAUCGCACACUGAGGACAUGUCUUCAUCGGAAAUCCUUGAUGUUUCUCUCUCUCGGGCAAAUGACCUAGCUGGAGCUGAGCGGAGUUCAUCUGAGGAAACGCUGAAUAACUUCCAUGAGGCCGAGAGUCCUGGAGCCAUCUCUCCCAACCAGCUCUCCCAUCUCCACCUCAUGAACCAAUCUGGAACCAUAGUUAAUGGGACUAUGCAUCACCACUAUCUACAUCAUCAUGUGACACUUCGUCAUCCUCCUCAAUCUACGUCCCCUUCGGCCUCACCAUCUUCUAACAUUGGGGUUAUCCUGGAAAAUACUUCAAGUGGAAACAUUUCUUCUGGAGGAGAUGUGACCUCAGCUUCUGUUGCUAGAAUGCACAGUUCUGUGACCGGAACCACUACUGGUGUAAUUAAUCACCAGAGCAGCAAUGCUGGAUAUGUGAAUGUGCCUUCGCCCAAUGUCUUUGUGAGGGAUAAUAAAAGUGGGAGUGGCAAUAUUAGCAAUAUUGAAGGUGUCACAGGCAGAGUGGCCAUUGGGGCCAAUAUAAAUGAAACAAUCCAGCAAGACCAAACUAUGAACUCUACUAUCAUAUCAACCACAUUUGAGAAUGCUAAUGCAGUUAUAGGAUUACCAAAUGGGAACCUGGGAGGAAGUAUAACUCAGUCUAGUGCUGCCGUGACAGUUGUGACUGUCGCCUCUGUAUCUUUAACCCAACAACAGCCUUUACCCACAUCUGCCCCUACAACGACCACCACUAGCUCUCGCUUCAGGGUGGUAAAGCUGGACUCUAGCUCGGAGCCAUUCAAAAAGGGGCGAUGGACAUGCACUGACUACCACGACAAAGAUGCCCCGGCUUCUGCUCCUUCUUUUUCCACUCCUGAUGUGACAGCCCUGGGAAUGCGAGCAGGGGAGAGCAUGCAGCAAAAUUAUUCUGAGUGUUUUAAUAGCGGUGUAGGAAGAGACAGCACAAUCGGGAGUAGCUGUACUGUAAGUAGCACGGUCAGUACGCAAAACUAUUACACUGACACUGUCGGCGGUGGAAAAGUUGGCAGGGUUCAGCAUUCCCAGGACUAUGUAACUUCUCUUCAGGGCUUCCAGACAUCCCUUUUCAAUGGCUUAAACAUGGGAGUGUCCCAAACCGAGACUCUAAUUCACAAGGAUCUCAUCCAGACCACCGGUCCCCCUUCUGCUCAGACUGGUAUCCUCCAGUCGGUCUCCAUGACAGGGGUCCAGAACCCAACAGGGAAUCCUAUCUUUGCAGUGUCCCAGCAGCAGCUCUCCUAUGCGCAGGCAGUUGCCAACCAAUCCCCGGGCUCCAAUAAUGGCCCAUUGAAGGUUCAUCAGCCACCUUCUGUUACUGCCCAGUAUGGUCAGUCGCACCAAAGUAUCCCUCAGCCUGCCGAUUCUCAACCUUUAGCGCCAAAUCCUUCUGGUCCUGGUAAUGGAAAUAUGUUUGGAGGUCAACAUGAGCAGCCUAUGAUAUCUAUGCCGGCUCAGAUGCGGCUCCAGCAGACCACCUCCCUCCAAGUCAACACCUUUUCUGUUGUCCCUCAGAUGGGGGUCGGUGGGCCCGACCAGCAAGGCACAAGCAACCCUAUUAUGCUCGAUCGCCAACAGCAACAGCCGCUCACAACGCAAGGCCUUUUAACCCAUCUUCCCAGUGCAAGUCAAGUGCCAUCUCCUGCUAACCUUAAGAAUUAUCCUCUGUCCAUGUCCCAAAUGCACAAUGGUGUGAACAGUGGGAGGGCCCUGUAUGCCAGUUUGCCCACAUUCACAACCACCCAGUUGGAGGAUGCUCAGCGCCUUCUCCUUCAGCACCAGUCAGCUCUGUUGGGGCUACCAAAGCUAGCUGAAGCUAGCUCUCCAGCCAGCGCUGCUUUCGGGCAGGCGGGCGACUCCAGUGCCUUAACUUCAACUGUUUUUCUCAAGGCCAUAGGUGGAGGAGAUGGUUUGUCUGGAGCCAGUGUCGUGGCCAUAGACAACAAGAUUGAGCAAGCUAUGGACCUGGUCAAGAGCCAUCUGAUGUUUGCAGUACGAGAGGAGGUGGAAGUGCUCAAAGAGCAGAUAAAGGACCUGAUCGACCGCAACACACAACUUGAACAAGAAAACACCCUUCUGAAGACCCUGGCCAGCCCUGAGCAGAUAGCCCAGUUCCAGUCCCAGGUGCAGACCGGAUCCCCUCCGGUCUCCGUAGCGACCACAGGACCCCAGAGCUUUGCUGCCACGACUCAACCGGUGUCCCACAACUCUUUCUCCUCUGCAUAGCAACAUGCACACCGAGGAGGCUAUGUUCCCUUAACUUAACCAUGCCAAUGAACUGACUACAGAAUUGUACGAUAACGGCAAAGCUUUGCCUCUUAUUGCAAAUGCUAUGCUGUUAAGAAUUUGCACAUAUUUGACUCUUGGGAAGGCGGAAAGUGGAUCACUGACAUGGAAUGCUUUGGAGUGCAGUUGUAUAGAGACAAUGACAGAAUGCCAAAAGUUGAUUUGACAUAUCCAUUAAAAUGUCCGAAAUGUAAAUUAACAUUAUGCUGGACUUAGAAUUACAAAAUCACUGUGCCUGUGUCCUGAUGCGGAUUCAAUUUACAAUAGUAUUGAGGAGAAGGAGGGGGUAUUAAUUGUCUCCAGGUGGUGAGUCAAGUGUAAAUAGAGGAGGUUAUUGUAGUGUAUCAAUGAUACAGCUAUAAGAUUAAAGGGUAGCAUAAAGCCAGCCUUCUUGAAUUUCAUUGAAAAAUGUGAACCAUUGCUUUGAAGGGCCCAUCUUUUACGACCAGGUGUGAUGGUAAAUAGCCAUUACAUCCGUUUCAAAAUCUGCCCUGUGACUUGGAGGGCGAGGCAGUUUCUAAAAUGGCUCGCACCAGGUGGUAAAAGUUGGCCCUUUAUAAACAAUAUCCCGUCAUGUGUAGGAUGAGAACAGCUAAUAUUUGUUGAUCUUUAGAGGCAGUUGGAUGUCAAGAGGGCAGGGUUUAUCUCUUCAACACAUCAUGGAUAAUAAAGCAAAAUGAUAAUAUUAUCCAUAUUUAAGAACUGAGACUCUAGACUCUAUUAGACUAUUUGCCCUGAACAAAGCUCAUUAUAGCAGUUUUAUCAAUCCUGCAAUGGCAUGUAAAAAUCUGUAUCACAAGGCAGGUUUGGCACAAUGAGCUUCGCUGCAAUUUUUUAAGUUUGGCAUUUUACUGUAUAUUUCUGUAUAUUUGAAUAUUGUGAAAAAGAUGAGAAACGACACUGAAUUCAAUAGGUGGGCUGGAAAUGUGGCGUUCCUGCUCACACUGUGCUGUCUCAUUUGUAAAUGCUGUAUUCCUGGAUGAUGGGCAACCAUGUGCUCUGAAGUGACUUACCUGACCAACGAAUGGCAAGAGCUUCUAAUUCAAAUGCAGUGACAAGAGUGAAAAUCUUUUUGUUCUGUUUUUCUGAUGUAAUGCAUUGACUUUGAAAUGCCCCUGGAUAACCACACACCUAGCAAUGAAAAAAACAAUAAUAUCAAAAAACAAAAACACGCACACCACACACAUACACACACACAGCCUUGAGAUACAUAUAUUUUUUUGCAUUCCAUGUAUCAUUUGUAUGCUCAUGUUCUAUGCAUGUUUUUGGAGAAAAAAAAGGACAAGAGAUUGUACCAUAAUAUCUUUGCACCUGCCAGCUGUACUUCAUGUCUUUAAAUAAAAAUGAGUUAUGGAAGUAUAAUCACCGGACUGAUAAAACAAAUAUGUUACAUUGUGGUUUCCCACUGCUAUUAGUUCAGAGUUAAAUGGAGUAAUAGUGGGGCCUCAUCACUAUUGAUGUGUGUCUUCUUAAGGUGACAGAUGGUACACUGGGAACACAGUCCAACCAGACAGUUCUGUGUUCAUGC